AUGACGAACACCAGCAGUUUCCUUAACGUCGUUGGUAUCCGCUACGGCGUCGGCAAGCGGAUUGGCGAGGGCUCGUUUGGCACCGUUUUUGAGGGUGUUAACCUGCUUAACCAGCAUCACGUUGCUAUCAAGUUUGAAUCUCAUAAGAGCAACACCCCUCAACUUCCUAAUGAAUAUCGCGCGUACAAAGCCCUCGUAGGCUGCCCUGGAAUUCCUAAUGCUUAUUACUUUGGCCGGGAGGGCCUGCACAACAUGCUCGUCAUCGACUUGCUUAGUCCUAGUUUGGAGGACCUAUUCCAACAAUGCAAGAGGAGAUUUACAAUAAAAACUGUGGUUAUGAUCGCUAAGCAGAUGUUGUCGAGAAUCCAAACCAUCCACGAAAAGAAUCUUAUCCACCGCGACAUCAAGCCCGACAACUUUCUUGUUGGUCGAUUCAAUACUAAGAGCGCUAAUACAAUUCAUAUUGUAGAUUUUGGUAUGGCUAAACAGUACUAUAACCCUAAGACCAAGCAACACAUUCCGUACAAAGAACGCAAGUCUAUCACUGGUACAGCACGUUAUAUGAGUAUCAAUACCCAUUUUAGACGUGAGCAGUCUCGCAGAGACGACCUGGAAGCUCUAGGCCAUGUAAUUAUGUACUUCCUGCGAGGAAGUCUUCCAUGGCAAGGCCUGAAGGCUGCUGCCAACGAGCAGAAAUACGAUAAUAUCGGGAAGAUGAAGCAAACAACUCCUAUCGAAGACCUUUGCAAUGGAUUUCCUCCAGUAGAGUUUAGCAAGUACCUUAUCUACGUCCGUAACCUAGAUUUUGAAGAUACGCCUGACUACGACUACCUGCGGGGACUGUUUACUCAAGCGCUUAUAAGCGUUGGUGGCUUUGAGGACGGUGAGUAUGACUGGAUGAAGCCGAACAAUCAAAUAGGCUGGAAAGCCAUGGGGAUCAACCCGGUAGUUCCACAGAUGCCCCACUUCAAUGUUCGCCAGAACUCACCUACCGCCGUCGUUAUUCGGAACCAAAGUAACUUGACGCAUCUGCCCGCGGAGCACUACCGCUUAAUUGAGUCCCUCACCAACCCUGGAGUAACGCAACCUGUACUCAGACGCAACUGGGGUCAAGCAGUGAUGAGCCAAGCUCAGUUCCAAUACAGCCAGUCGAGCCUGGGCCAAAAUCAAUACUAUGCAACACAUUCUCAUGAUACAAAUGCAGAGCCAUCACAACAGCAGCGGGGGCCUAAGGCAGAGGACUUUAUGCAGAAGUUUACAAAUACACUAUGCUGCAGUUGGAGCCGCCGAUAG